UGGGGUUGAUUGGAGUUUGGUUUUGGGUUUUGGGAGAAAGACAAUAAAAAUUGUUUGUAUUGACAUCGCGUGCAAUUGUUUUCUUUUCGUAGCUAAAUUUUAGAUUUAUCCAGAAGCAAAAUCCAAAUCCUCAAUCAAAAUGGAGGAUAGCGGCAUAGAUAGCGAGGACAGGCAAUCGAAUAUCUACGAGGAUGGGGCCGCAGGCCUGCUGAAAACGGCCAGCGGAGCACCCAAACAUAUGUCCGACCUGGAGUUCGAGGUGGCGUUCAGGGGUGCCGGCAAGGUGUAUGCCCCCACGACCAUAGAAAUCGAUGAGCAGGAGGAGCUGGCGGCGGCGGCGGCGGCACGAGGCGGGCAUGAGCGCAGCGAGCCACCAAACACCUGCCGCAUACUGCAACGCAAACUGGAGCUGAAGGUCGAGCGUGCCAGGCGCAAUUAUACUCAAUUCCAGGAAGAGCAGACAACCAAGACACAGUCGUCGACUCUGAUACCCAUCAAUCGAUUGCCCAUUCCCGGGGAGCCAGAGCACAAGCCGCUGGUCGAUUACAAGUCUGAGAGCAGCGACGAUGCGGAGGAGAUAUCCUUCUUCCCCGCCCAACUGAAGCGGGCCAAGCGGCGCCAGCAGGCGAAUCACGAACUAACCGACACAUUCAGCAUACAGGAAAUGACCAUUGACUCGGACCUGGAGUCGGACGACAGUGCCGGUACGCAGAAUCUGGAGCUCUUGCUGCCCUCCAUGAAGUCAACCGUAUUGGAUAAGCUUCGGAGCUGCUUCGGCUGCUGGCGGCGCAGGUAAUGCCAGGAGCAGCGGCACAUCAGUCGGUUAUCAGUCAGGCACAAAUCACGUUAUUGACAGGCACUAGACAUACUACAACAUGUACUACGUAUUAUAUACGCGUGCGAGUACAUACUCGAACUAAUUAAUAAACUCCAUUGCCAUUGCCAUUGCUACAGCGCUGUAAACAUAAAUGUAUUUGGCAUUAGUGUAAAAGAUUCGAUACAAAAUAAUCAAUAUCAACAA